GCUUGUAUGUAUUGCAAAACAUUCUAAUACUCCAGUAUAGGUGCACAUAUCUAUACGCUGAUAGUUAUUAAUAUACUUAUAGAACAAAGUUUCUGCGUGGUAACAAUACAAAGAAAUAAUAUGUUUUAAGUGAUUUAUAGAAGAGUGACAUAUCUUAAGACUAGUCUCCUUCAUUGGCAGAAAUCGGAAGAAAAUUCUGUAAAAUAUAAAAAUGGAUUUGUCUUAUAAAAAUGGAAAGAAGUUUAUUUACUUCAUACUUUGUGGCUUCUUGAUAAAUUUGGUAAGCGGUGUCAAUCCAGGACCCCAAGUUAUAGCUACCAAAGGUGCAAUCUGGCCAAAACCACAACGACAAAAUAUUUCGGACAGUUAUUUUAUACUCAAACCAGGAAAAUUUCAAUUUGUCCUUUCAGAUAUAACUAAAAACUGUGGUAUUCUACAAAGCGCACUAGAUAGGUACCUAAAAAUCAUACAACAAAAUGAAAUUCUGACAAAAGAUACUUUAAAAUACCGGAAACCCCAUGACAAAAACAAGAAAUCCUGGCAUUUCCGAGAAAAAUUUUUGGGUUAUCUGGACCAACUUACCAUAAAUUUAUCCCAAACAUGUGACGACACUAAAUAUCCAGACCUGGAAAUGGACGAACACUAUUAUCUGGUUAUCAAUCAAACAACGUUUAAGCUUGAAGCGGCUUCUUUUUGGGGCAUUUUAAGGGGAUUGGAGUCAUUUUCACAAUUGUUAUAUCUAGGAGAUGAUCUAUUAUCUCUACGCAUCAAUCAAACAGAAAUUGUUGAUUUUCCAAGAUACAAACAUAGGGGCUUAUUAAUAGAUACUUCCAGGCAUUUUUUGCCUUUGAAUGUCAUUUAUAAGACCUUGGAUGCAAUGAGUUAUAACAAAAUGAAUGUAUUGCACUGGCAUAUUGUGGACGAUCAGAGUUUUCCAUAUGUCAGUAUUAGGUUCCCAGAACUAAGUAAUAUGAAAUGUAAGAAUUAUAAUGGGGGCGCAAUGUUAAACAAAAUUAAUUGUAAUUUCAGCAAUUUGGGAUCCUUCAAUCCUUAUACUAAGACUUAUACUCCGGAAGAUAUCAACAGUAUUAUAGAAUAUGGAAAAGUAAGGGGCAUUAGGAUUAUACCUGAAUUUGACACACCAGGUCAUACAAGAUCUUGGGGAGUAUCACAUCCCGAGCUUUUAACUGAAUGCCAGGAACUUGAUACUUUCGGUCCUUUGGAUCCAACAAAGGCCGAAACUUAUAGUUUUAUGAACAAUUUGCUUGCUGAAGUGAAAGUCUUAUUUAAAGAUCAGUUUUUGCAUCUUGGAGGAGAUGAAGUUGACUUUACUUGCUGGAUGGGGAGUCAGAACAUUACUGAGUUCAUGAAAAAGUACAAUAUAUCUAGUUAUUUCGCCUUAGAAAGUUAUUAUGUGCAGAAAAUUGUCGAUAUGACUGAAAAGUUAAAACUAAACUCAAUUGUAUGGGAGGAAGUAUUUCAUAAUGGUGUUAAAUUACCACAAAGUACAGUGGUUCAAGUCUGGAAAGGUGACUGGAAAGAGACAAUAAAAAAUGUUACAGAAUCAGGAUAUCAAGCUCUUUUGUCUUCCUGUUGGUACUUGGAUAACAUUCAAUCUGGAGGAGAUUGGACAUCUUUUUACAACUGUGAUCCCUCCGUGUUCAAUGGGACAGAAAACCAACAGAAUCUUGUAUUAGGAGGUGAUGCUUGUAUGUGGGGUGAAGUUGUCAACGAACACAAUUUAAUAUCCAGGGUUUGGCCCAGAGCGUCAGCCCCAGCUGAGAAGCUUUGGUCUGCCAAAAAUAAAGAUCCCGAUUUAGAUGAGGUAGCUAGAAGACUAGAAGAACACACUUGUAGAAUGAACAGACGUAAUAUAGGAGCUGAACCACCCAACGGUCCCGGAUAUUGCGACUAAAAUCUUAAUAAUACAAGAGAUAAUCAAAAAAUACGAUCAUUCUACCAGGGUCCGGCAAUAGUGCGUCGGGCAUCUGUAGGUCCUAGAAUAACAAACUUGGGAAUUUUGUUUAAGUGCAGAUCUAAAGUAUGUUCUAGGAUGUAUUCCAGGAAAAUAUUUUAACU